AUGCACACUUUCUCCAAUCACCCGAUCGGGCUGUUGCCGAUGGAGCAGAACUACGAUCCGAGCAAACCGGCGAUCGCAGAAUUCUUCGCUGGUCGGGACAUCUUCGUUACGGGUGGCACCGGUUUCAUGGGCAAGGUGCUUAUCGAGAAGCUGUUGCGGUCCUGCUCCGGGCUCAAAAACAUCUACAUUCUGAUUCGCGAGAAGAAGCAGAAAACCAUCAAAGAGCGUAUCUUGGAGAUGCAACAGCUGCCGCUGUUCGAAAAGCUGCGCGCGGAGUCGCCGGACCUGCUGGAGAAGAUGGUACCAGUACAGGGCGAUGUCUCGCUUCUCGGGCUCGGUCUCGCGCAGGAAGACAUUGAUCGGAUGCACAACGUGUCGGUUAUCUUCCACGUGGCCGCUAGCGUUCGCUUUGACGACCCGCUGCAAACGGCCAUUUUGCUCAACACCCGCGGAACACGCGAGCUAGUACACUUCGCUGAGAAGCUGCCCUCUCUGCGUGUGCUGAUGCACGUCUCGUCCACUUACUCUAACCCGGAUCGCUACGUUAUCGAGGAGGAGAUAUACCCCGCUUACGCCGACUGGCGUGAUACCAUACGCAUCGCGGAGUCGUUCGACGAGCAGACACUUGACGUGCUCGCACCGAAGUACAUGGGCUUUCUCCCAAACACGUACGUCUUCACGAAGAGCCUCGCGGAGCAGAUCAUCGACGAGCACAAGGACCAGCUGCCGAUGAUCCUGUUCCGCCCAUCAAUCGUGAUCUCGUCGAUGAAGGACCCAAUUCCAGGGUGGAUGGACAACUUCAACGGACCGGUUGGGUUGCUCGUCGGAUGCGGCAUCGGACUCUGCCGGACGAUGUACUGCGAUCCGAAUAACAUUGCCGACUUCACGCCGGUCGACGUGUGCAUCAAGGCGAUGAUCGUGGCCGCCUGGAAGCGAGGCACCGAACCCGUACGCAGCAAUCCUGAGCUUCCGAUUUACAAUUGCUGCAUAUCCAACUUGAGGAACUCUACCAUGGCUCAGAUUGUAGAGCUGGGACGCAGCUUGUCCGAUGAAAUACCUCUGGACAAAUGCAUCUGGGCCCCAGGUGGUGGAAUCACGCAGAUUCGUAUUCACAACUUGAUGCGAGUGCUGUUAUUCCACAUUCUACCUGCAAUUCUAAUCGAUGGAAUUUUCCGGCUAAUGGGUCAAAAGCCGUUCUUAGCAAAGCUACAGCGGAAAAUCUACACUGCCAACGUUGCGCUUGAGUAUUUCAUUCUGAACAAUUGGGACUUUAAAAAUGGAAAUUUCAUAAAGCUGGCGUCAGAAAUUAAACCAGAAGACAACAAAGAUUUUUACUACCGUGAUUUCAUCGAGUUUGAUGUGACGCUGUAUUUCCGCAAUUGCAUCCUCGGUGCCAGACGGUAUCUACUGAAGGAAAAGGACGAAAACAUCCCAAGGGCGUUGACGCACCUCAAACGAAUGAAGCUGCUAGACAAAAUGUGCAAGACUAUCAUCAUGGCAGUCUUUCUGUACAUUAUUCUCAUUCAAUUCGAUCUACUGGGCAUGGUGUUUCACCUGAUUGGUUACAAACCAUCGUACGCUAUCGAUAGCGAGUGCAAAUAAAUUAUGGUCUCGAAGAUAGUUUAUAGCACUCGAAUCACAUUCCUGGGUACCAUCUAUGCAGGUAGAAUGAACACGUGCUUAUUUAAUCAUUUAUGGGACAGCAAAAAGUAGCACUAGUGGAAUGUGAGCCAUUCGUUAAAGAUGGGUUUGUCUUACUCUGUAAAGAUAUCUGUUCGCUGACAAGAUCGAAUAAAUUGGGGACUGAACGGUAACACGGUUUCGAUUCUGGCUGUGAAAUUUU